CAUGUGCCCAAAACUGACAAACCAAGAUUCCGUUCAAGAAAGAAUGAAGUUGCAACAAAUGUUCUUGGUGUAUGUGCGCCAGACAUGCAAUUCAUUUAUGUAUAUCCGGGUUGGGAAGGAUCUGCGGCUGAUGGGAGGGUGCUUCGAGAUGCUUUAUCAAGAUCAAAUGGCCUUAAGGUUCCUCGGGGGUGCUAUUAUCUAGUUGAUGCUGGGUACAAGAACUGUGAAGGGUUUCUUGCUCCAUACGGAGGGCAACGGUAUCAUCUAAAUGAUUGGAAAAACCCACCAACAAAAAAAGAGGAAUUGUUUAACAUGAUGCAUUCAUCAGCAAGAAAUGUGAUUGAGAGGACUUUUGGAUUGCUCAAGAUGCGAUGGGAUAUCAUUAGAAAUCCCUCUUAUUAUCCUUUUGAUACACAAGUUGAUAUAAUUCUGGCAUGCUGCUAUCUUCACAAUCUGAUACGACAACAAAUGCGGGUAGAUCCCUGUGAACAAUAUCUAGAUGAAUACAUGCUACGUCUUCAACAGCAGCAAGUAAAUGAGGAUGUCAUUCUGUCCACCGAAACAUCAUCCGAGUGGACUGAGAAAAGAGACAAGUUAGCUGAUGAAAUGUGGAAAGCUUGGAUAGCCAAAAGACAAGAUCGUUGAUACACGCUAGUACAUUUUUAGUUGUAGGACAUUAGAUGUUUGUUCAGGAAAAUAUGGGUGUCGAAACAUUCUACACUGAUAUUUGUUUUCUCCCAUAUGUCAUAGUAGCUUAUGUGUCAUUUCAUUCACUUUCUUGUAAUGAUAGGAGAGAUUGAUUAAUGUAUGAACAUCAUAUUUCCUACAUGAGCAUUUAUAUUCUGUAUUGUUUGUACA